GCCUGCUGCACACACACACACACAGAGCACAUCUUCCAGACCCAGAGCUGCCCGCCGAUCCAGGAGUGCUGCUGGCUGUAGGAGGCAGUGCCUGGACCCCAGCUGCAGGGAGAGACGGAGCCUGUGACUGGUGAGGCUGCUGAGCAGGGCCAGGCCGGGCCCUGCCCGCGUGGACGGCCAAGCCCUUCCCCGGCCCCUGGGCCCCAGAGCCCGCCAGGCUCUCCCGCUGGCCCCACCAUGACGUCGGAGCCCACGUCGCCCCCCGUGGUGCCCCCACUGCACUCCCCCAAGUCCCCUGUGUGGCCCACCUUCCCUUUCCACCGGGAGGGCAGCAGGGUCUGGGAGCGGGGCAGCGUGUCUCCUCGGGACCUGCCCAGUCCACUGCCCACCAAGCGGACCAGGACAUAUUCGGCGACAGCCCGAGCCUCGGCUGGCCCCGUGUUCAAGGGCAUCUGUAAGCAGUUCUCACGGUCACAGGGCCACGGCUUCAUCACCCCCGAGAACGGCUCCGAGGACAUCUUUGUGCACGUGUCUGACAUCGAGGGGGAGUACGUACCUGUGGAGGGCGACGAGGUGACCUACAAGAUGUGUCCCAUCCCGCCCAAGAACCAGAAGUUCCAGGCCGUCGAGGUGGUGCUCACCCAGCUGGCCCCCCACACGCCCCACGAGACGUGGUCUGGCCAGGUCGUGGGCUCCUAGGUGGGCGGGCAGCCACCACACAGGGUGGACGGGCAGCAGCUGGCGCCGUGCCCCGCUGUGCUGGCUCACCAGCCCCCUGGGCGGCCCCCAUGUGCAUAUCUGUCUGUUGUCUGUCUGUGCUUGUGGCCGUGAGUGUGUGCCUCCACCACCCCGUGACCUGUGACUGUUGUGAGCUGGCCAGGAGCUGGGUGGAGGGGGCCAUCGGACCUGCCUUCUCUGCCUGCCCAUGGUCUCUCCCUCCUCCUCCCUGCUGCGUGCACAGGACCCUCCCACCCUCCUGUCCCUGUGGUGGCUGAGCCUCUGCGAGCCCUCCUAGGCUCAAGGGGACCCAGCAGAAUCUUCUCUGUAGGAACCUGCUCCCUAUGUCUCUGCCCCUGAGCCCGACGCCCCCCUGGCACUGGCCCUGGCCCUGGUCAGGCUCUGCCUCUGCUUCUCCCACCUUCCGUCCUGGCUGGGACCUCCCUGCGGACCCUUCCCCUCCAAAGCCAGGCCAGUGGGUGCUUUGGGGGCGCCUCCACCCCCUGGCAGAGGAAGAGACCAUGCCCGAGGUGGACAGACCCCUCCUCCACUCUUGGCCUCACUUUGAGCUGGAGAGGCAGGAGUGGGGCGGGGGCCCUGUCUCAGCGGCAGUCCCUCCUUCUCAGUGGGACAACAGCCCCGUGAGUCCAGCACAGGCUGCCCCUUCCCUGGGCCAUGCCGAGCCAGCUCAUCCUCCUCCAUCCACCCCGAGGUGGGGGCCCCGCUGGGAGGGAGCCCCCUCCUCUACCCUGACGCCUAAAGCCCGGGGCCUGGCUCCGUCGCCUUGAGGGUGCAGCGACGGACAGACACAUGUCCCUCAGGCAGGGCCGGGCCCAGGUACCCAGGGAAGGCCCUCAGCCGGGGACACCUCCGCCCGGUUCCCCUCGCCCCAGGUCCCGGGACAGUGGCUCUGCCAGACUGUCAGGCUGGGGCGUGGGCUUCAGCUUCUCCAACUCUGGCUGUGAAGUCCCUUUGAGGCCAGGAUGUGUGUGCUUGUGUGUGUAGUGGGGGCCAGGAAGGCGGGGCCCUGCCCACCACACCCCCUUUCUGGAAAGCACAUCACCUGAGCGGGGAGAAAUGGGAGUCACGGUUCAGAGGGCCUGCCAGGGACCGUGACCCUGUGAGACCUCAUUCGGGCAGAACUGGGAGCUCCAGGGCCCAGGAUGAGGGGUUCAGUGGCUGUCCAGGGGGAUACCUGGCCUGGGAGGUGCCCCAGGACCCUAAGGUAGAGUACCACACCCCAACCCCCUGCUCCCAGGGCCCACACAGAGCAGGGAGCCCCCAGAUAGGAAGAGCCCAGCCUGGUCCCUCGCUGUACGUGAGGCUUCUCCAGCAAAGCCUGUGCCUGAACAACAAGGACCCUGACCCUUGGCCGAGCUGGCUGGAGUGGGGGAACCCACCAGGGGCCCCCAGCCAGCUGCCGGAUAUGGUGGCGUCAGCCCUGGAGCCUCCUAGGGAGUGGGGGAGGGGCAGCAGCCCUCUCCACACUCACACGCCCUGCAGUGCCCGGUCAGAAACCCUCCAGCCCCCCGCCUCCUGGACUCCCCAUCCUUCCCAAUACUGGCAAUAAACUCUCAACUGUGA